AUGAUCUAUUUAUCUACCCUUCUGUUCAUUAUCUAUCAAUAUAUCUAUCUAUCUAUCUAUCUAUUUAUCUAUCUAUCUAAGUCUGUUCAUUUUCUAUCUAUCUAUUUCAAUCUGUUCAGUAGCUAUCUAUCUCAGCCCGUUCAUUAUUUUCUUUCUUUCUAUCUAUCUAUCUCCACCUGUUCACUUUCUGUCCAUCUCUCUAUUUCAGUCUCUUCCUUAUCUAUCUAUCUAUCUAUCUAUCUAUCUAUCUAUCUAUCUAUGUUCAUUUUCUAUCCAUCUAACUAUGUUUAUUUUUCUAUCUACCUGUUGAUUAUUUUCUUUCAAUCUAUCUAUCUCAGUCUGUUCAUAUCUAUCUAUCUAUCUAUCUAUCUAUCUAUCUAUCUAUCUAUCUAUCUAUCUAUCUAUCCUUGGGGUGUAAUGGAUUGGAAUAAGGAAUCGAAGAACCGUGUUCGAUUUAAAGUUGGUCUCGUUUAUCCUCUAUCUAUCUAUCCAUCUAUCUAUCUGCAUGCUUCUCAUCUAUCUAGUCUCUGUUUAUAUCUAUCUAUCUCGGUCAGUGUUCAUAUCUAUCUAUCUGAGGUCUGUUCACAUCUAUCUCAGUCUGUUCAUAUGCAUCUAAGUCUCUGUUCAUAUCUAUCUAUCUACCUUAGUCUGUUAUAUCUAUCUAUCUAUCUAUCUAUCUAUCUAUCUAUCUAUCUAUCUCAGUCUCUGUUCAUGUCUAUCUAUCUAUCUCCGUCUCUCUUCAUAUCUAUUUAUCUAUCUCAGUCUGUUCAUAUCUCAGUCUAUUCAUUAUCUAUCUAUCUGUCUAUCUAUCUCUGUUCAUUAUUUAUCUCUCCACCGUCUAUUCAUUAUCUAUCUAUCUAUCUAUCUAUCUAUCUAUCUUAUCUUUUUAUUAUCCAUCUAUCUAUCUAUCUAUCUAGCUAUCUAUCUAUCUACUUCUCUGUCUGUCUAUCUCAGUCUGUUCAUUGUCUAUCUAUCUAUCUAGCUAACUGUCUGUCCGUCUGUCUAUCUCAGUCUGUACAUUAUUUAUCUCUGAACCUAUUUAAUUAUCUGUCUUUUUAUUAUCUAUCUAUCUAUCUAUCUCAUCUUUUUUUAUCUAUCUAUCUAUCUAUCUAUCUAUCUAUCUAUCUCAGUCGGUUCAUUGUCUAUCUAUCUAUCUAUCUAUCUAUCUAUCUAUCUCAGUCGGUUCAUUAUCUAUCUAUCUAUCUAUCUAUCUAUCUAUCUGUCUGCAUGUCUGUCUAUCUAUCUCAUCUUUUUUUAUCUAUCUAUCUAUCUAUCUAUCUAUCUAUAUCAGUCUGUUCAUUAUCUAUCUUUCUAUCUAUAUAUCUAUGUAUCUAUCUUUCUCGCACUAUCUAUCUACCUAUCGAUUUAAUUAUCUCAAUCCUUUCAUUAUUUAUCUAUCUCACUCUGUUCAUUAUCUAUCUAUCUAUUCUGCCCAUAUCUAUCUAUCUAUCUAUCUAUCUAUCUAUCUAUCUAUCUAUCUCUAUAUCCCAACAAAGUAAAACUGCCAAAGUUAUUCAUAAUGAAACAACGGCUGACGUAUCUUGA